GAGUGAGACCUCCUGCGGAUACUGAUCAGAGGAUCUUUGACCGUAUUGAAAGGCACGAUGGCAGGCAGCGCGUGGAGGUCAAUGCUGUCUCAAGUGGUGGCGCAGUCCACCAGAAGAACCUGUCUGUCUUCAGCUUCCUUGUCCAGAGGGAUCCAGACGGUCACACUGAUCCCCGGAGACGGGAUCGGACCAGAGAUCUCUACCGCUGUCAUGAAGAUCUUUGAGGCCGCGAAGGCGCCCAUCAGCUGGGAGGAGAGGAACGUGACGGCCAUCAAAGGGCCGGGUGGCAGGUGGAUGAUUCCUCCUGAUGCCAAAGAGUCCAUGGACCGCAGCAAGAUCGGACUGAAGGGACCCCUGAAGACCCCCAUCGCCGCCGGCCACCCCUCCAUGAACCUGCUGCUGAGGAAGACCUUUGACCUCUACGCCAACGUGCGACCUUGCAUCUCCAUCGAAGGCUACAAGACGCCGUACACCGACGUCAACCUGGUGACCAUCCGGGAGAACACGGAGGGCGAGUACAGCGGCAUCGAACACGUGAUCGUUGAGGGCGUCGUCCAGAGCAUCAAACUCAUCACCGAGGACGCCAGCAGACGCAUCGCUGAGUACGCCUUCGAGUACGCACGAAACAACCAGAGGGCGAGCGUGACGGCCGUCCACAAGGCCAACAUCAUGCGGAUGUCAGACGGCCUUUUCCUGAGGAAGUGUCGCGAGGUGGCAGAAGGCUACAAAGACAUAAAGUUCACAGAGAUGUACUUGGACACCGUGUGUCUCAAUAUGGUUCAGGACCCCACGCAGUUUGACGUCCUGGUGAUGCCGAACCUGUACGGAGACAUCCUCAGUGACCUGUGUGCCGGUCUCAUCGGAGGACUCGGUGUGACUCCCAGCGGAAACAUCGGAGCCAACGGAGUCGCCAUCUUUGAAUCGGUCCACGGAACCGCCCCCGACAUCGCCGGUCUGGACUUGGCCAACCCCACCGCCCUGCUGCUCAGCGCCGUGAUGAUGCUGCGUCACAUGGGCCACCAUGACUACGGCAACAAGAUCCAGACGGCCUGCUUCGACACCAUCAGGGACAAGAAGGUUCUGACUGGAGAUCUGGGAGGAAACUCAAAGUGUUCAGAGUUUACAGCUGAGAUCUGCCAUCGUGUCCAGGACCUGGACUGAAGCAGCAGGAGCCUCUGAAUGGACCUGUGUCCCCAUAAAGCGUCUCCAUGAGGCGUGAGGGGGGGGGCGCGCAACUUUCACAGCUCAGAUGUGCACAAACGUCACAUGACCAAGAGCUUCAGCUCUCUGCUUUGCUUUUCACAUGUUCGUUCAUUUUUAACGGUGAUUUACUUACUACUUAUGUAUUUAUUGUUUCCUGUUGGUCUCCUGCUGCUCUUUAGAAACUAUAUAUGAAUUCAUAAAUAUAUAAAAUAAAGUCUGCUUCUGUUCACUCAUUAAAACAGCUGUUUGACAACAUUA